AUGAGUAUAGCACGGGACCAAGAAAAUCUACAAACAGUUACGUCAACAGUGAUCACAAAUAGGACAUCAGAACCAAUUAUGUGUUACUUACACUACCAUGGUGAAAAUGAAGAAAAUGAAAUUGUACGUGAGACAAUUAACGGUGACGGUGGUGAACUACGGGUCGAAGAGAAAUAUUCGAAAAGCGGUGCUCAUAAGGCAAAGGCAAUUACAAUCAUUGAAAUAGAAUUGAAGAAUGAUAAGAAAUUUGUAAUGGAUAAACUAGUCAAUCCAAAUGUAGUAUUUGAUGUGACAGAAAAGAUCUUUUGUAUAAAGGAUGUACUGUAA